AUGGCCAAAUCAGCGUCCUUCACCGUCCCUCAGGGCACCGACGUCAAGUCCGAGACCUUCAUUGUCGUCGGCGGAGGCAUCUUUGGUCUCUCGACGAUUCUCUGGCUGCGUAAAUACAAGCCCGAAUGCAACAUCGUUCUCAUUGACCCCACGGCGCUCGCCAACCCCAAGGCGGCGUCCCACGAUAUCUCCAAGAUUGGGAGAAAUGACUACCCAAACCUGCCUUAUGCGAAGCUGGCCAUUGAGGCCUUGAGGUAUUGGCAGACUGAUUCCUUCUGGAACCCCUUCUUCCACCAAGUCGGCAUGAUCCGUGCUGAACCCGUCAACCACAAGGAUAAGAAUCACAACGAGAAGGCGCAAGAUGUCCUUGACACACUUGGCCACCAGUCUGGUGCCAGAUGGAUGACCCCUGACGAGGUGCGAGCUGAAUGGCCUGCCUUUGCCACGGCCGACUUUGAAGGACUCGACCGAGUGAGGUAUAACCCUCAAUGCGGCUGGUUUGAGGCGGCGAAUGCCCUCGAAGCUGCUCGUCAGAAGGCUAUUGACGAAGGAGCCAAGCUCAUCACCGCCGAGGUCACGACCUUGCUCUUCAACAGCACUGGAGACUGCACCGGAGUCGGGCUGGACAACGGACAUGAGGUCAAGGGCGUCGUACUGCUCUGUACUGGUGCUCGUACCCCGUCCCUUCUCGCGGAAAGCGCCCCUGAGCAGAAGGAACUUCACGCUGGAAAUAGAGUCGUUGCUACCGGCGCUAUCAGCUUCACUACGAGCGUCCAGGGGGCGCAUAAGGACACAUUCGAAGGUAUUCCCGUGCUCAAGAACCGUCUGCCCUCGGUCAAAGGCGAGUCAAUGUCCAUGACCCCAGAUGGAACACUGAAGUUCAACUGUGACAUGGCUUUCACAUAUCACCAGUUCCAUGCCAUAACGGGCAAGUCCAUGUCGCUGGCACCAUCGUCUCCGAAUCUCACUGAAUGGACCUCCGAGGAAGGAGUUCCCAAACGUCUCAGGGAGCAAGCUCGGAAAACUCUCAGAGGUCUCUACGGAGACGAGAUGCAGGGCAAAGUGAUUGAAAAGUACCGUGUCUGCUGGGACGCGACCACACCUGGGCACGACUUUCUUAUUUCUCCUCAUUCCCGCUGCAAGAACCUUUACAUUGCGACUGGCGGCUCUUUUCACGCCUGGAAAUUCUUCCCCGUCAUUGGCGAGUACGUCGUCAAGAUGAUGCACGGCAAACUGGAGCCCGAGUACGCCGACAUGUGGGCCUGGGACCGGAAGCCUGGGGGACAGGUUGCCAACGCCACGUAUGAUAUUGAGGGGGAUUUGGGUGAGUGGAUCAAGGACGAAGAGGUCCAGGGCUAG